UCUAAAGUUCGUGUAUGGCGAACGACGUUACCACUCCUAGGCACCGGGGCAUUGCGCGCGAACGUGCGUCACUUUCACGUUUAAAAAAUAAAUAAAAAAGAGGGAAACUCACACUAGAAAUCGGUGAAUUUUUCUCGAUUAAUCAACCAGUUCAUUAUCAACAUCGGGCCGAGCGUUAUCCGUGUGUUUACAAAUAAAUUAUAAAAGAAAUCGCAGCGAAUCGAUUGCAGUGCAUGUGUGACAAAUUAUAGAAUUUUCUUCCUUGUCUCCAUUUCCUAACUAUUAUAUUCUUCUCUUCAUUUUCCUAUAUCUACAAAAAGUGAAAUAGCAAAAGUAACUUUUAAGAUAAGUGUAUAAAAGUUUAAGUAAAUCUUAACAAUUUUAGUGACAGUGCAGAAAAAGUUGUUUGCGUUUUUAAGUUUGUUUAUGCUUUUGAAUAGAUAAACGUUAUUAUUGUGAAGUGCAUAGGAAAUACAAGUGAAUUUAGCUACUGAAUUAAUAGCCAGUGUAAAAACGUUUAGUGCAUAAACGACAUACAUUGCGCAUUUGAAAAAGCUUAACUAUUUUCGUUACGGUGCAAAAAAAGUUGCGUUCAUUUUUUAGACUAGGUAUAUGCAUUUAAUUCGACUAAAGGCCGCGUUAAAAUUGGUUUUGCGAAUUUUAAUUGUAGUGCCUGCUUAGUGAACAGUAUUUUUGAAGUUAUUAAUUACUCUAGAGUCAGUUCAGUGCAUUUCGGGCGUACAUAGUGCGUUCUGUUUAACAUUUAUUGGCGUAAUAUGGGUAUUGUUGGAGUCAUCAUGCCUUUGUUAAGCACGUUGGCUGCUUUGGUGAUCAUCGUGCAUUCUGCUGAGGAGAACUACGAGCGGGAAUACCAUAUGAUGAGGCCUAGAACUUUGGACACACGAGCAAAUUAUGACCAGCCAUGGAGAAUGGUAGAAACAGCACCCCCAAAGACACAACAAGCUUCGCAAAUUAUCCCGAGUGAGACAUGGGACGAAAUUGACCCCGAACAAUCAAUGCGACCUAGACGAGGCCGAAAGCGAAAACGACGACCACAGCUAGAUGGAGAAGAAGAUCUUAUUCCACAAGAAAGAGUAUAUACGUACAACGAAGAUUCCCUACCUCGUCUUCAAGAAAAUAUAGAAAGACCUAGAAGACGACGAAAGAAAAUGGAAUUCCAAAAUUCAGACGACAAAGGACAAAAUAGUUGGAAUGAAGAAGCAAACAGACCCAAGAGAAGAAGAGGACAAAAACGGAAGAGGCUGUUGGCAGAUUCUAGGCCAGAACUAGCCGAAUUCGGUGAGUAUCGAGAACAAACCGACGGUAGUGAAGAAACUACAGACUAUAAGGAAUUACAAAUAGAUAGCAUCCCUGGCGACGAAACUAAUAAUCAAAAAUACAUAAACGGGAAUGUUAAUUCGAAAGUACAAAUUUAUAAUAAAAAUGAACCAGAAAUCGAAAAAACGACACAACCAAUGGUAAAUUACGACAGCCAGCCCCAAGUGGUUACAAAGAAUGAAGAAUCUUUGUCUGAAUUUUCAAUAGAGUCAACUAGACCAAUUGAAAAACUAAAUAAAACUAGGAUUGAUUUACAACAAAAGGCGAGAGAAAAAGGAAUAAUGUUAUCCAAUAAUAUCGAACCACCCAAGGAUAAGGAGCCCUUAGAUCCAUUUACUUUAAAAGCAUUGUUAAGAAAAUCCAACGGAAAAAGUUUAAGUGAAAUACUUCAACAGAAUAACUUAUCUCUAGCUGACCUUUUACACGGCAGAGAGAAAGCUUUAUCUAUAUUAAAAAAGGAAAGUUUAACUAUAACGCAAGAUAUGGGUCAAUCUAGACAUUCAAAUAAAGCUUUUUACAGUCCCAUAAGUUCUAUAGAAAAUAUAGAAACUUUAAAUAAAAAUGAAUUUAUUGAAUCAGAAAAGGAAGAAGAAAACGAACUUGCAGAAAUUGAGACAACCACAAUUGUUACCACAACAGAAAAUAUGAUUCAACAUAAUAAUGACAACAGUGGAGACGAGGAAUCUUAUAAAUACAAUCACCAAGAAAAUGAACCGGUCGAAACCCAUAGAAGAGGUAAUUUGCGACGUCGAUUUCCUGGCGGCAUUCGACGAAAACUUCGAACAAGACCAACCGAAAACAACACUUAUAAAGGUCAACUAAGCAGGGAUUUGAUAGCGUUGACUUCAUUGAAAUACAAAAAUAACAGAAAUCUAUCCAAGGCAAGAGAAUGGAAGGAAGUUGUGCCUGCAAUGAUGAAAGCAGAACCUCCGAAUGGUGAGGCUAUGAUACAAAUGGAGACCGAAACUGAAACGAUAACCACAACUCCAUGUUCAUUUACCGAAACGACUACUCAAGAAAUCUAUGAAACCACUACUGACUCAUCUUAUACAUCUAUGAACACUGAGCCAAUCGCUGAUUCCAGGGAUGAAUCAGAAACAACCACCGAUGCUAAAUCAACAUAUUUGGAAAUAGAAGGCAGUGAUAUAGCUCAAUUUACAACUACACCAGUAGAGGUCAAUACGGAGCAAGAAAAAGAAACCAUAACACGAAAGCCAAAGCCAAUCAUAAAUCCUUUGAUGAGGUCAUCUGAUUUGAGACGGCAAGCUUUAAACAACAGAUUGAAAAGAAAACGAAUAAAACAAAGGACUUCAACUACUGAAAUUCCCGAAGAACUGGAAGUAAAAGAUACAUUUGGUAUAGGUAAAGUAGUAUCUGCUUCAGAGUUUAUUACGAAAACACAAAAAAGAACUACUAAUACUGUAGAUGAGAACGAUUUUACAACAUUGGAAGAUUUCUUGACUACAGAAGCUACCCAAAAGGUUCCAAGCCGUUAUCGAUCUAAAAAACCAAUAAAAACAAAAAAUACAGCAUUUACUAUACAGCAGAUAUACGUAACUACUGAAGAAACCGCAAAGUAUGAAAUUGAAGAAAUACUUAAUGACAAUCAUACAAGUGCAAAACUUUCGAAAAUACUUAAAGAAAGGAAUAUGACUUUGAAAGAAUUGGUAGAACAUAGAGAGCGGGGAUCCAGUCAUGUGCAUUUAGCUGAUAUAUUCCAUAACGCUUCCAGAGAACCAAAUCCGCCAGAGCCUUUUCUCUCUAAGUCACUAAUAGAGCCGAUUUCUAAGGAGACUUAUCCUCUGAGAGCGUUAUUAGAAGCAAAUUUACAUGACCCACGAACUACAACGAUAGAUCCUAGUGUACUUCAAAUAAAUAAUGCAAAUAUACCAGUUGUGAUGGAUUUUGGCAAUAAUGUAAACGAAAAUGGCGAAAAUAAGGGUAUUACAUCGUUUUUUAAAAAUUAUAGUAUACCAGACAGAAAUAAAUCAAAUUCAAGCGCAAGAAUAAGCUACAACACAAAUAAUGUUAACACCCAAGGAAUAGGAACUUCACGGGAAGCACGUAUGUUGAACUCCGAAAAAGAUUCUGUAACAUGGAAUGAUUUGAUUAACUUAAUGCAAAAGAAGCAUCAAAAAGAAAAUAUUGAUAGCGAAAAGCCAACGGAAAGUGAUCCACCCAUUUCGGAGACGCUAAAGAAAAUCGAUCUAGAGGAGGAUUCGGUCGGUGAUGGUCUGAUAGUACUGGACGAUCUGCAGCACUUGAGAAAUAUGGAGCAGAAGACAACGUCGGAUAAGUUAUCGGAAUUCAAAAUACAUGAAAGAAAUAAUCCCCUUACAUCGAAUACCUCAAAUAUGGUGUUAAGUGAUACGAAAUCUGUAACAGUGGCCACUGCAAGCAUUAUAGGUCUAGCACUCAUACUUUUUCUAUUAACAUAUGCAAUAUUGAAAUGGAAACAACAAAAUAAAAUAUUCCAUACAAAGCGUGCAAAAGAGGAUGAAUUUGUUCCAACGCCUGUUUUCGAAAACAGAAAAGGUCAUAAAAUUAACAGUAGUACUCGCAGUAAGAGUCCAAUGCUUGCCACUCCCAAUAUAUAUUCAAUUGAUACUAUCGAUACUCGUGCAGGCUCUGAAUCGCCCGAAUAUAUGUGGGAUACAUUAAGGAAACCCUUUCAGUAAAUAUUUUAUAUAACACUGGAACCAAUAUUUUCUAAUUUCCUUGUUAACUUGCGUACACCUUUAACCAUUUCUCACUGGCCAUUAUACCCUCUGCAUUGUGGUUGCCUGGCAGAGAAUGCUUUAAAGUGAUAAGACCUGAUAAGACCGCCUAUUGUACUUCUAUCUUUGUUGUUGUUGUUUUUUUAGUAUACUUUUUAAUGUUGGUAUACAAUAAAGUCUGUUUAUUUCAUUAAUUUCAUACAACAUUUUACUUUAUGAGGUUGGACUAAGCUUGAAAAAAAAAAGACAAAGAUUCAAUGUUAUUUAACUAUUUAUUUGUUAUUUUAUAAAUGGUGAGAAACUAGUAUUUUAUUUUGCUAUUAGAAUUUGCUUUUAGAACUUAACUAGUGACCUGAUAUUACCAUAUAAGCUAUUUCCUAUUUUAUUGUAAUAAUUACCUACGUACUUUUGUUAUUUUAAUUUACUGAAUUUCAGUAUUAUGUGGCAAGUGCAAUAAAGGAUAGUGGAAAGCAUUAUCUUUUAUCUGAGUGUGGUAAUUUAAUUUUUUUUAAUAAUAAAGUAUUAAAGGUUUUUUAA